AUGGUGUCGGACGACACCGUUGUUCAAAGUGUGGCUCCGCCAUUGGAGACAGGCGUUGAUCUCGCGCUAGUAGGGUAUUGUAGCACAGAUUAUGCGGGCAAUUUAGACACUAGGAGGUCGACUAUCGGUGACACAGCAAAACUGAAUCCCCAGUUUUUUAGGAAUGGGAGAAUUACCGAUAUGUCUCUGGCUGAGAAAUGGGUUAGUAACAUGACUAGAACCGAUGAUAAAGAACCAACUAGAACCGAAGACGUCCCCGUAACCCGCAAGCUUUUCGUUUCGCUUGAUACGUUGAAUUCGCAAGACAAGCCUACAAUACUCGUGAAUAGCUUUGAUGCGUUAGAAGAAGAGGCCUUGAAAGACAUCGAUGGCAAGCUAAAGUUGGUUGCGUUUGGACCGUUGAUUCCUUCGGCUUUCUUGGACGGUAAGGAUCCAUCUGACAAAUCUUUCGGGGGAGAUCUAUUUGAGAAAAUGAAAGAAUAUAUGGAAUGGAUGAACACAAAGCCUAGAGGGUGCAUUGUUUAUAUAUCGUUUGGUAGCGUCAUAACGUUGUCAAAGAAACAAAAGGAGGCAAUGGCACAGGGUUUGUUAGAGUGCGGGAGGCCGUUUUUAUGGGUAAUCAGAGAUAAUAAUCAAGAGGAGAAAGACGGAGAAGACGAAGUGAGUCGUAUGGAUGAACUAGAAGAGUUGGGUUUGAUAGUUCCUGUUGGGAUUAAUCGGGUUCGUUUACGGGUCACGGGUCGGCACGUUAUCGGGUCAUGGUUCAACGGGUCGAACGGGUUACGUGUUUACUCGGUUUGA